CAGUGCUUUGAUACUGUAAAACAUGUGAUUGGACAUGUAUAGUUUUGUCAGCAGUCAUCGUUCAAGAUCCCAAGUUUCAGCUGUUUGGGGUAUUCGAGGACAUAAUGGAGCUAAGAAGUUGUGUUUCAGACAGUGGAUAUAUACAUGUAAAUGAGUCGACAGAGUUCAGCUGCAAUUCAUCAUUUGAUUCGAUGAAUGUUCACGGUCUGUCAACAGGUUUAUGCAUCAAUUACGGCCGGUGUACAAGUGGAUGGGACGGGUCCACAUUGCUCCUCCCUGCUACCAACCCUAGCGACCAGUGGUGUCCAGGUCAAACAUCCGAGGUGCAAGGGGCACAGUUGAGGCACCCCUAUGCCCAACCCAUUCCCCUCUACAACAACCCCAGUCAAGAAGUCACCGCUCCAGUGCAGAGACAAGAACAUGCCAAAUCUCAAAAGGUAACUAAAGCCUCUCAGCAAUGUUUAAGUACGCCUUCAAAUUACAGCCCCAUCACUUGGGUUCCGCCCCCAUCCACACCGACCCCACCGUCCGCUAAUAUUGUAGCUUCGUCACUGGAGUUAUUUCAGUGUAUUCUUGAAACUUCCACUGCAAGUAAAUUACAAGUCUCUGACCUAGUAGACACACGUGGAAGUCGCGUGUUUACAGCUACGGACAGUGUUUUCAACUCGGACGCAGCGUGUCUUCACACUCCAACCGUCCAGCUCGGCUCUAGUACACCUGGUUCCACCCGCAGAGGGACCUGCUCGGUACAGCAAAAACCUGGCAAAAUGCCGUGUGUCCACGAGGAGACAAGUAUCAUGGUGGACAAUCUUGCUGAUGAUGGUCGAGAGAAAACCCUGGUGACGGACUGGCCGAGAGAUAUACCUCGUCCGUACGUGGUGUUUCCAAGUAAGAACGUGUACGUUGAUGGGACAACUAUAGCCUCAUCAGUUGACAACAACAUCAUCAAAGAAACAAAAACCUCCGAGGCUAUCUCUAAAAAGAACUACAUCCUGAGGAGAAAUGAUAAAGGUGCAGUUAUUGUGACUUCGGGGACCAUGGAAACGCUGCAUAAAACAACCAAGUCAAAUGGUGAUAACAUUCGAUUGAACGACUCACAAAGGGACAUUGUUAGACGGGGUCCUUCAGAGAAGAAAGGUUUUAAGAGAAAAAGUGAUAUUUGCAGGGAUAAAGCUGGAAGUAAAAACCGAAAAGAGUCAUCUGAGAGAUCGAAAUCAGAUCGCAACCAAACUCCUCCGCCUAUCACCAGAACCACACAUCCCAAGGCACCAAUGAUACCGGGUACACCCCUCAUUGCUCCCCGGCCGCUCCUACCGUCCACUAUUAAAGCCAUCCCACUACAAACCAAACCUCUGGACUCCAGACCACUUUCUCCAAUAACACAUCUCACAAACACUGUGUUUAGUUCCGAUUCAAGACAUGUAGCCAUCCGUCCCCGUACAGUACAGAGCCUAAAUUCAUCCUCAACAAGUUUUGUGAGUUCUGGCUCAUCCACGGGCAAUUCAGCCACGGAUGUCCCAAUUCGACCCGUCCCCAUCACCGGCUCUUUGCGCCCGUGUCUCAGCUCAAAUCAACCCAGGUAUCUUCCAGUACAUUUCCCCUCGCGGCACAUGCUACCCAUUCCUAUUCCACAACUAGCCGCAUACACAGGGUCACCGUUGACAUUUAUUCACCCAGGAAUUCAUAUUAACUUUUCCAGUUCUCGCAAUCAACCAUACCCAACACUUACAAACUUACCUACAGUUGGACUACCAACAGUUCCUGUACCAUUUUUCAAGAGAACUCAUCCGUUUCCCAGCCUAAACAACGGUGUACCACCAGAUUCGUUAGCUCUCCGGCAGCGGUACUGCGAGGCGAUAGCCCCACCGUCAAGACGCCAAAGUCGCCGGCGGCGGCAGAGCUCGGGCGACUCGCAGCCCGCGGAGGAGGACGGACCGGAGGGCCAAAAAAUCCGGCGUAAGCAAGCUAACGCAAGGGAGAGAGACCGGGUAAACCACCUAAACUCCGGCUUUGAACAUUUGAGGACAGUCUUACCAUGGCUUCACCACGGUAGGAGGGUGAGCAAAGUUGACACUCUUCGGUCAGCCAUUGACUACAUUAACCAUUUGCAGAGAAUCUUAUGGGAAUCUGAUGCCACAUCUUACAUCACUGCACCAAGACCAGUUGGACCACCAAUGUCGACGACUGAUAUGUGUAAGUUCGUUCACCAUCACCACUAUCCACGGUUUGGCAUGCUACCGACAACCAUCACGUUUGGCGAGAGCGGUCAUAGAACGGCCGUCGACCCUGUGACGUGUAGGGGACUCGAACUCGGACAGCCGCCACCAGCUAAGAUACCAAGAUUCAGUGCGCCCCAUCAACUGUAUCCUCCGCGAUCCAACUAUUGGUUCAACAACCUCACCUUACAUGGACCUUUGCCGUUUCCAAAUGGGCCAAACAGCGAAAGUACUAGCCACGCCCCAACAAAUGAUGCGACCAAAAUGAGCGACACCAACAACAACGUAACGAACGCAGUGGGAAGGUGAAGAACCAAUCAGAAGUCUGCAAGCCACAGCAAUUUACAUAGUAUGAAUAUUCAUAUAUUGAUCUUUUUUCGAAAGUGCCCUUGAUUUUUUUCCACCAUCAAUCUUGAAAAGCAUCCAGACUGAAAAAGGGAAGAAUAACUUGUAUAUUAUUAUUUUACUUGUUGUAUUAAAUGUAUAUUAUUAUUUUAUCAGAUGAUGGAAUCUGAAGAAACAACAUUAUUUUGAUGUUAACAAGAAUACUUACAAUUUCAUUUCAGUUGGAGAUUGUUGUUUGUUACGAACUUUGUGAAAGUUGUAAAUUACACUCUUGAAAGUUGUUCAAAUCUAAAGCAUUAUCUACUAAUUAUUGAUUAACUAAAUUUCACAUGCGGUCCACCUGCUGUGGGAAAUUCCUAAAGAAUAGGUUUUCCCGGACGCUUUCAAACAAAACUCUCUCAAUAUUUACUUGGUAUUAUUCCAUUUUAUUGGAAUUAACGAGUGCCUUAAAGGCAAUGACAUUUUAGUUUCACUUUAAACAACAACCGAAGAAAUUGUUCAGUUUGUUUGAGAGUAAGACAAAUUGUUCCUUUGGAUUUGAUCUUUAUACUUUAAAGGUAAAGGCCGGCUAUACUUUUGGUACUAAUUAUAUAAGAACAUCCUCACUUUGUUUCCCAGCAUAAUGCAUAAAAUCAACCCAUGAAAAUUGUUCAUCGAAGUUGAAGAAAAGAAUGACAGUAAAACAACUUUGUUGCAUAGAUUGUGUGCUUUCAGUCAGAUGCCCUUCAGAGGUUACUUUUUUCUAAAACUGCAUUUCUUUAAAGGGGGUCGUUUCUAACAAUUAUAGACCUUUUCGCAAAUACCGGGGCGCGCGCGUAAAGCUUGGAAUUAGGUGCAUUGUG